UCUCUCUCCCUCAUCUCCUAAACCCUAACAAACCCUCUCUCUCUCUCCGGGGAAGCGAAAUGGGAAGUCAACAGGCGGCUGCUGCGUUCCUCUCGAACCUCGCCAAGGCGGCGUUCGGGCUCGGCACGGCGGCGACGGUGGUUAAUGCGUCUCUCUACACGGUCGACGGUGGCGAGAGAGCGGUGCUCUUCGAUCGGUUCAGGGGAGUUUUGGAUCAGACCGUCGGCGAAGGCACUCACUUCCUCGUCCCGUGGCUCCAGAGACCUUUCAUCUUCGACAUCCGUACUCGGCCUCACACUUUCUCCUCCAUUUCCGGCACCAAGGAUCUCCAGAUGGUUCAUCUCACCCUUCGUGUUCUCUCCCGCCCCCAGGAAUCCCGUCUGCCGCACAUUUUCCAAACCUUGGGUCUGGAGUACGAUGAGAAGGUUCUACCCUCGAUUGGUAACGAGGUCUUGAAGGCUGUUGUAGCUCAGUUCAAUGCUGACCAGCUCCUCACGGAGCGUCCCCAGGUUUCAGCUCUUGUUCGGGAGUCGUUAAUCAGGCGUGCCAAGGAUUUCAACAUUGUGCUGGACGAUGUGGCUAUCACACACUUGUCCUAUGGAGUGGAGUUCUCGAGGGCAGUGGAGCAGAAGCAGGUGGCUCAGCAGGAGGCUGAAAGGUCAAAGUUUGUGGUGAUGAAGGCUGAUCAGGAGAGGAGGGCUGCUGUUAUAAGAGCAGAGGGUGAGAGUGAAUCUGCUCAGUUGAUAUCUGAUGCAACAGCCAAGGCGGGUAUGGGACUGAUCGAGCUCAGGAGGAUUGAGGCUUCGAGGGAGAUUGCAGCUACACUCGCUAGGUCUCCCAACGUGGCUUACCUACCCGGUGGCCAAAGCAUGAUGUUUGCCCUCAACCCUUCUACCCGUUGAGAGAAAUUGAUCGCAGGUAUGUGAAUCUGAUGAAAUCAAUAAAAAAGAGGAGGUCAAGGCUUUUGUUUCUAGUGAACUCUUUUAGGGGAAAAAAACGGGCUUUCUGCUUUGGGGUCUUUUAUGUUCCUUACUCUGCGCAAAAUUAUUUUACCAUUGUUGAAACCUCUCUCUCUCUCUCUCUCUCUCUCUCUCUCUCUCUCUCACGCGCACACACACAUAUCAUUGAGCUCCAUCUGCAUCCGUUGUAAUAAUUUGGCUUUUACUUAAUUGCUGAACUCUUUGCACAUGGAUAUAUGCCUAAGGCUGUUACAAGUAA